AUGUGCAAAAACGAGGCGAAUGUUGAUCUUUCUUAUAAUCGCGGAUCCGUAACCUUGAAACACUCAUGGGUAGACCGAGACGAGCUCCGAAUAGUUUUGGAGAAGGUUUCAACGCCAAACAAGACGGUGAUCAUCACCGUCAUCAACGAGGCCUACGUCGAGCCAUACCCUUCAAUGUUUGAUCUUUUUCUCGAGGGUUUUUGGAUCGGUGAAAAAACCCGGCCGCUCCUCCGCCAUUUGCUGGUGGUUUCCAUGGAUAAAACUGCUCAUGAGAGGUGCCGCUUCCGCCGCUUGAACUGUUACUUACUGACGGCGGAAGAAGAAGGCGGCGGCGGCAAUGGGAUCGCCGGGGAGAAGUUGUACAUGUCGGAAGAGUUUAUAGAGAUGAUGUGGAGGAGGACUGCUUUUCUACUCGGUGUUCUUAAGAGAGGUUACAACUUCAUAUUUACCGAUACUGAUAUUAUAUGGGUUCGGAAUCCAUUUUCGAAGCUAAUGAACAACGAUGGGCUCGACUUGCAAAUAAGCACCGAUCGGUUCACCAACGAUCCAUUAACGUAUGAUCGUCGGAUCAACACCGGAUUCUACUACAUCCGGUCGAGCAACAAAACGACGUCGUUUUUUAAAAAAUGGUACGACACGAGGUCGAACGCGACGGGGAUGAAAGAACAAGACGUGCUGCAGAUGCUAAUAAGUGAGAUGGGUGCUCUUAGAGAAUUCAACAUUACUAUAAGAUAUUUGGACACCAAAUAUUUCAGUGGAUUUUGCAGAGACAGCCCAGAUGCUGGAUCGGUAAUCACUGUUCAUGCAAACUGUUGUCGCACUAUUAAAGCCAAACUCGUGGAUUUGAAGGCCGUUUUCAUGGAUUUGAAGAGAUUCAAUGUGGGGAAUAGUAGUAGCAAUUUUCGAUGGUCACCACAUAUGGCUUGUGCAAAAUCCCGGAACACAUAGUGCUUUAGUUACGCUCCCCCCUUUUAUCUUUCUCUUUUCAA